AUGAGUGCUCGCGCGCGCUCGGCUCGCAAGAGCACGGCGAGCACGUUUAGCUACGCCGAGCCGCCCUCGAGCGGCGACGAGGACGAGGACGACGAGUUGAGCGAGUCGGGGCGCGGCGGGGGAGGAGGGCGCAACAGCAAGGCCAAAGGUCCGACCAAGCGCGCCAAGGGCAAGGCCAAGGCGGUCGAGGUCGACGACGGCGACGAGGGCGAUGAAGACGUCCAGCCGCGCAAGAAGGCUCGCGGGCCGGCCAAGGGCAAGCAGCGCAAGCAGAACAAGGUCAAGGGCCAGCUCGAGGCGCUCAAGCAGCUCCCUGUCGAGAUGAUCACCGAGAUCUUCUCGCACCUCGACCCGGAAGACCUCCUCAUCCUCAGCAUGGUCAACAAGCAGUACCGCUCGCUCCUCCUCGCCAAGUCGUCGGCUCGCCUGUGGAAAACGGCGCGCGCUCGACUCGACCUGCCCGACUGGACGACCGGCGGCUUCACCGAGUGGCAGUACGCCCAGCUCGCGUUCGGCAAGAAGUGCCAGGAGUGCGGCACCACCAAGGCGGCUCGUCCCGAUUACGGCAUCCGCAAGCGGCUCUGCAAGGUCUGCCGCAUAAUGCUCCGCCUCAACUGGAAGAAGCACCGCAUCUCGGGCAUCCACCCGCUCGCGCACCAGUGCAUCCUGCGCCCACUUCACACGCCCGCCGAGCUCAACUGGCUCGCCACCGCGCCGCACGCACUCGAAGUCGACCUGCGCUACUGGAGCGGCAAGCUGUGGGAGCUCGAGGACGACGCCGCCGAUACCGACGCGUCCGAGAGCGACAACGAGCAGCCGGCGACGACGUCGACUUCCUCAGCCGCACCCGCCGCCCGUUCGACCCGCAGCACCCGCACCUCAACGCUCCCGUCGUACAAGGAGGACUCGUCCGACGACGAGGACCCUGUCUCGAAGGACCCGUCGCGCCGAGUCGUCGCCUUUGUCGCCGCUCGUCAGCCUUUCCUGGACAAGAUCGAGGAGGAGGGCAAGGACGUGUUCUACGCGAGCAAGAACCUGCGCGAGAAGAUCCGCGCCCGCAAGGUCGAGCACGUCUCGUUCGACGACCGCAUGGCGCAGCUCGAUCGUGCCGAGGAAAUCGCCGACAAGGUCCUCGAAUUCGAUCCGAAGUAUGGCAGCUGCGUCGAGGACCCGGCGUUCAGCAGCCACAAGCUUGUCAAGCUCGAGGAGCCGUUGACCGACCCCGAGUGGGGGCGCAUCAAACCCGACAUCCUCAAGCUCGUCGAGCGCAUCAAGAAGAAGCAGGACCGCGACGCGAUGCACCUCCGCCUCCUGGACCGCCAGCGCUCGCUCCGCCCUCGGUACGACAAGCUCAAGAAGGCCCUGCCGCCGAGCGCUCGGCCGUUCGUGCCCCUCUUCAUCGACUUUCUCGUCCUGUCGUCGGUCAAGGCGCUGUGGCAAGACGAGACGAUCAAGCUCGACGACGCCGCGUGGUACGAGCGCCUCGACGACAUCAAGGACGAGCUCGACCAGUACCGCCUCGACCUCGUGCUUCACGCUCGCGAGAUCGUCGUCGCCGCUCGUGUCGACCCGGACGACGAGGUGUCGGCGCCGGAACAGCAAGACGACGUCGAGGACCUCGACCUCUGCGACGAGGUCUUCUACCUCGCGACGUCGUUCGUCUGCUGCGCGUUCACCGACUGCGACCGCACGCCGGUCGGUCCUGGUCGCACGCACGCCGACCGCGUCAAAGAUGUCAUCGGCCCGCUCCGCCGAGUCCUCGACCACCAGCACGAGUGGCACAACCAGGCCGACUCGCUCGCCGGCCCGAGAUCCUUCAACAACAUGGCGCAGCUCCGCAUCGCUCUCCCGCUCGAGGUCGCCUGCGCCAUCGACGCCCUGAUCGACCUCGCCAAGCUCGAUCCGGCCGACGCGACUCGCGACGACUUUGUCCGGUUCAACAAGCUCGUCGUGCGGUACGAGUGGGAGAACUCGGGCGCGUCGUGGAAGCGCCACCAGUGGAACUACUGCGGCGUGUUCUCAGAGAGGCAAGGCUGGGAGGAGCUCUUCCUCGUCAUGAAGCUCGAGGCCCAGCGCGCCGCCGCCGCCAAACCUCCCUACUCGAUCGACCCGCCUGUCCUCGUCUGCCAGCUCUCGGACCGCCGCGACUGGGACAAGCUGCCGCUCUCCAAGACGCCGCCCAAGCCCACCAACAAGAAGAAGCGCCCGCCGCCAUCGAGCGACGACAGCGACAGCGACGACGACGACUUCAUGGCCCUGUACCGCAACGUCUUCAAGCACGUCAAGGACGAGGAGGUGGACGAGUUGGCGAGCGACGGCGCGGAGGAGACGGCCAACUUCGGCAGGCGGGUCGUGCACGACAGCGAGGACGACGACGAGGGCGAGGACGAGGACGACUGAGAGAGGAGCCGCUUGUGUAGCUUGAGUAGCUUGCCGCUUGUCGCGUGGAACGCGCCGCUUUGCCUGCGAG